AUGAAAUCAACUUUAUUAGUUCUUACCACAGUAUUGAUAUUCUCUUUGACAGAGAUAUCAUUAUCUAUUCCAGUUUCCUAUAAAUUCGCAAAACGUGCAUUCACAGGAGAUGCAACUUAUUAUGAUCCCGGAUUGGGUUCAUGUGGAAUUACUAGUAGCGGAAGUGAUUUUGUCGUCGCAUUGGUAACUAUAGAUGGAAAUCCAAAUCACAAUCCUCUUUGUGGUAAACAAAUUGUCGUUACUGGUCCUAAAGGAAGUGUUACAUGUACAAUCGUUGAUAGGUGCCCCGUUUGCCCUUAUGGCGAUGUGGAUUUAUCCCGUCCUGCAUUUGAAAAAAUCGCCGACUUAUCCGUUGGAAGACUUAGAGUCACUUGGGAUUUCGUUGGUGGUGGUAGUCCUCCACCCCCACCCCCACCCCCACCUACUACUACAACUACAUCUAAUAAUCCUCCUCCUCCUCCCCCACCUACUACUACACCUGAAUCUACAUCUAAUCCUCCUCCUCCUCCUCCCCCACCUACUACUACACCUGAAUCUACAACUGAUAAUCCUCCUCCUCCUCCCCCACCUACUGCUACUCCUGAAUCUACAACUGAUAAUCCUCCUCCUCCUCCCCCACCUACUGCUACUCCUGAAUCUACAUCUAAUAAUCCUCCUCCUCCCCCUGAAGAAACUACUUCACCUGCUGCACCUGAAGUAACUACUUCACCUGCUGCACCUGAAGUAACUACUUCACCCGCCGUUUCACGUACACGUCAUCAUGAUCAUUAUGAUAAUACAGCACAAUCAGUGUCACCUUCAGCAGAUGUAGAGAAUACACCUACUAAAUCUACUUGUUCUCUAGGCACCCCCACUAAUAAUUAG